AUGGAAAAUUUGGCGCAAAAGAAAUUUCCAGCCAGUUCAAAGGAUUAUAAGUUGUACGAAGAGGUCGGUGAAGGUGGCAGUGCCACCGUGUACAGAGCUCUCUGCAUUCCGCUUAACGAGAUCAUUGCUGUCAAAGUUUUCGAUCUGGAGAAGUGCCAUAAUGACAUGGAAGCUAUUCGUCAAGAAGUACAAACAAUGAGCUUGAUUGAGCAUCCAAAUCUUCUGAGAGCAUAUUGCUCCUUCGCAACUGGCAGCAGCCUCUGGGUUGUGAUGCCUUACUUGGCGGGCGGAUCAUGUCGUUACAUAAUGCAAUCUGCUUAUCCAGAUGGGUUUGAACAGCCUGUUAUUGCCGCCUUGUUGUAUGAAGUUGUAAAAGCUCUUGCUCAUCUUCAUGCCCAAGGACUCAUUCAUAGAGAUAUUAAGGCUGGGAAUAUAUUGGUUGAUUCAAAAGGUGCAGUCAAGUUAGCAGACUAUGGGUUGGUAGCAAGCAUGUUUGAUACUGGUAGUAGACAGCGUGCAAGAAAAACGUUUGCCGGAACUCCAUGCUGGAUGGCUCCAGAAGUUAUGCAGCAAUUGCAUGGAUAUGACUUCAAAGCAGACAUUUGGUCAUUUGGAAUAACAUCUCUAGAACUUGCUCAUGGUCAUGCGCCAUUCUCCAGGUAUCCACCCAUGAAGGUAUUCCUGAUGACCGUACAAAAUGCGCCACCUGGUCUUGACUAUCACAGGGACAAGAGGUUUUCAAAGUCAUUUAAAGAGAUUGUAGCUGCUUGCUUAGUAGAGGAUCCAGUGAAGCGCCCUACAGCAGAGAAGCUUUUGAAGCACCGCUUCUUCAAACAUGCACGCUCAAAUGAAUUUCUGGCUCGGGGUAUUCUUGAUGGCCUUUCUCCACUUGGUGAACGUUUUAGGAUGCUGAGGGAAAAAGAGGCCGACAUUGUGCAUAAUAAGGCAAUGUAUGAGUCACAGCGAGAGUACAUACGGGGAAUCAGUGCAUGGAAUUUUGAUCUAGAGGAUUUGAAAAGGCAGGCUGCUCUUGUAAGUACGAUUCAGGAUGAUGAUGGACUUGACGACUUAGCUCUUCUAGCAGAGAAACUGUCAGGGGAAAGGUUGAAUCAUUCGAAUGUAGCAGAAUCUGCAUCCUCCCAGGAGAUUGGGCGUAAUUAUCUUCAUCGUGUUGGUAGUUCUCCAGCUCUAUCUCGCGUUCAAUCUCGUGAAGCACUUGAGUCCGAUCAAUUGCUAACUCCUCAAAAUAGAGAUAAGAGCAAGCUCCCAUCUGCAGAGGAUGCAUUCGAAGAAAUGGGUUUCCAAAACAAGUCCUGGUUCACAAUCAAAUUUGCAGAUUCCAGACCUAAGGAUACUCCAAAUAGCUUCACCAAUCCCUUUUCCGGACAGUCUAUAAAUUCUAUGGCUUCUGCAGACACCUAUGUUCUUGUCAGGGUGCAGUCUAUGUUACAGCAGAAUGCAAUACAAAGGGAACAAAUAGUAAAAUUAAUUAGAUAUGUUAAUCGAACCACAGGUAAUAAUAUAGAGUAUGCAGGGGAAGCAGGCAACGAUGAUCGCCUACAGGCAUCUCUAGCCUCUGCAAGGGAGAGUGUCUUACAAGCUCAGGUGAUCACCAUGGAACAAAGCAUUGAAAAACUUGUUGAAGAGUUACAGAGAUGGAAGACAAAAAAAACAGAGCUGGAAAAGCAAUUAACAGCUUUGCUUGACAAGUAGGGGCCAUUGGGCCACUGGGAUACUUAAGGACUCAUGAGGGAUUUGUUUAAACGUAAAAAGUCUCCUAUAUUCUCAAUUUUCAACUUCUUAAGUACACCGUAUCUUGGUCAAUGUGAUCUGUGAGAUUCAAAUGCAUAAAUAUCCAUUUGUAAAUUAUACUCUAUUGACAAUGCAACAAUUAUCUUCCCCAAUUGUCUUUUUUUUUUAAGUAUGGCUUGUAUUCUAUGUCGGUGUAAUGUAAGUUGAAACUGUCACAUUA